AUGUACAAGACGCUACUCUUGUCUUGCAUUGCACUAACUCUUGCACUCAUCACGAGCAGUGCACCUACUUCAAGCUCUACAAGGGAAACACAGGAACAACUGGAGCAAUUACUGCUGGAUUUACAGGUGAUUUGGGACGGAGUUACUAGGAAUCCCAAAAUCUCCAAGAUGCUAAAACCUAAACUCUACUUUCCCAAUAAGCCCUCAGAAUUGCGGCAUCUUCAGUGCCUAGAAGAAGAACUCAAACCCUUGGAGCAAGUGCUAAAUUUAGCUGAACACAAACAUUUUCCCUUGAUAAAUACCAAAGAUUUCAUCAGUAACAUCAAUGUAACAGUUAAGAAACUAAAGGGAUCCAAAACAGCAUUCACGUGUGAACUGAAUGAUGAAGAAGCAGACAUAGUACAAUUUCUGGAAGGAUGGAUUGCCUUUUGUCAGAAAAUCAUCUCGACACUGGCUUGA